GAAUUAUGGAAAAAUUAGAAAAAAGUUUAGUGAAAUUUAAAGGAUAUUAUUUUGGGACUGGAGGACUUGAUGUUGACUUUUUAGAAAAUAUGGAAGAUUUCCAAAUUAGAGAUGAUGAUGUCUUCAUAGUCACAUACCCCAAAUCUGGAACCAUCUGGUCUCAGCAGAUAUUAAGCUUGAUUUAUUUCGAAGAACAUCGCAAAAGAACUGAAAAUCUGGAAACAGUGGAUCGAGUCCCCUUUUUUGAGUACAGGUUUCAAAAAAUGGAUUUUGAUGAAAGGCCAUCUCCUCGUCUCUUCACUACCCACCUCCCAUACUACUUGGUUCCAAGAGGGUUGAAGGACAAAAAAGCCAAAGUAGGGAAUAGAAAUACUGCUAUUUCUGAAAAGGAACUGCUGUUUUCAUUACUCAACUAUGUGUCCUUACAUGGACAGCACAUUCAUUGAGCUGUUAGGAAACAAGGGCCGAAAUAGAAAGUAUUUUAUAUACUUCGAUUUUGUUUGUAUCCUUGUAGUCGCAGCUUGCCUCAGCGGGGUUGACGUGCGUUCUUCAACCUUCUCUCUUAGUGCAGCUCAAAUCCACCAGGUUACUUGCUAAAUUUUUGCACAUACUUUGAUUUUCAGUGGGCAUUUGAGUUCUUAUGUUGUCAUGUUUGAAUUUUGUUUUUGAACUUGUCUCUUUCCGAAUUUUGUAAGAAGGAGAGGUAGUUUAUCAUUAAUAGAUAUGCCCACACACGCAUCACACUGGCACUUUCUCAGGUCCUUCACCCCUAAUGCCCUCCCAGCUUCCCUUUGACACUCCUGACCUAGCUCCCCAGCUCCUUUCUCCUUAACGACCUAGACAUAGUUACUUUGAAAGUCAAGGGAACUUCAGACCAAGUCAUUCUUCUCUAUAGUGAUUCCGUCUCUGUUUCUCUUC